AUGUUGUCUGCGUACCAGGUGUGUUUGGAGCCUGUACCUGCCUCUGUGUCUUUGCAAGCGAUUCGAGAUGCGCUCGCGCCACAACAUGCAGAGAGAGUCACUUUAAAGGCUACAGAACAGGCAGACACCAUGCAAGUGAUUGUAGACAUGGCUUCUGCGGAAGAUCAGGCUGCGUUGUUACUGCGUAACCCACUUACCUUGGGCCAGGCAACAGUACACAUGGCCUCGAUCCCAUCAGGUAUAGAUGCUCCUGUGACACCAUCUCAAGGCAUAGGGCUACAGAAAAAAACGUGGGCCCAUGUAGUACGUCAGGGAGCACCGACAGCCCAUACCUCGAACGACACGGCGCCGGUUCAACGGAACUUGUACAUUCUGAACCUUCCUCUGGACGUCUCGGAAGACGACCUGAAAUGUCUAUUCACGCCUUUUGGGGAAGUUGAGCAUAGUGUGAUUUUGGCUAUGCUCGAUACGCAGGCGCGACGUCGUGGGUUUGUCGAUAUGGAUACGCCGCAAAGUGCCCAAGCUGCUGUGCGUGCGAUGGAUGGAUAUGUAUGGCAUGGCUACCCACUUGAGGUGUCAUAUGCUCUGAUCCAACGACAGGCCACUCCGGCGAUCACACCGAAUUCUAUCACAAGUCCUUGGAUUUUGGUGGAUGGUCUCGUUACUACGGCCAUACUCGACGAAGCGGAUGUACACGCCUUGUUGGCACCGUAUGCCAACGUAACGAAGAUCGAGUUUCCUACUUUCCACAGCUUGGACCCUGCCUCGACGUUUGGUGUGCGUGUCUGCCUGGCAAGCACAGAAGAGGCACAACAGGUGCAUACUGCGCUGGAUGGCGCCUCCAUGCAUGGAUACAUCGUCUCUAUCAAACCGGCGUCGGGAGAUACUUCGUAA